AGAGACAAUAUGCUUUGAAGUCCACAGUGAGCAGUCUUUUGAAAACCGUGGCUGACCUGACCUCUAGCGUAAGUGACCUUGAGAAAAGAGCGGACGGGCAGCAGGUCACCAUUGACAGCCUGGUAAGAAAGCUGGCUAUUGAACCCCGACAGGAACAGGUCGAAAACCAGACUACCCGAUCGGAAAUCCUCACUACGAACGAUGCCAGAAAUACAUUAGAAAUGGCAUCAAAACAAGGGUCAAAAAUACGAAAAAGAAAUGGAAUGCGAUCCACAAAUGGGACAGUGGCAUUCUAUGCGUAUCUUUCACUGAAUUUAGGAAAUCCGGGGUAUUUAAGAGUGCUUGUCUUUGACAGACCCGAGACGAACGAAGGGAAUGGUUACUCGUUUCACUCUGGCAUCUUCACUGCUCCUCGGACCGGACUGUAUGUCUUUACUUGGACAAUAAGAUCCUGUAAUGGAAACGGUUAUUUUCAAACGGACCUCUUAGUUAAUGGUUUGGUUUCCGGCAAACUUUUUACAAACGGAUACAAUUAUUCCCAGCAAUAUGGGUCAUCAACUGGAAUGGUGGUCAUUCAUGUUGGUCAAGGCAAUCAGGUUUAUAUUCGAACAGGUCCGUCCAUCAUCUCUGGUACUAUCUGUAGUGAUACAAACGGGUACAGUAGUUUUGCUGGUUGGUCAAUCGAUUGA